AUGUCGAAGCAUAGCUAUUACCUCCCUGGCCCCAAUAACCGGGCGCAGGAGCACCGCAUCCAGAAUCGGCGGUCAUGUGGUACUUUCAUUGCGAAAGGCCUUCCCCAGGGGGGCACAUGGCCGUGUUUACAAGACGUCUCGCAAUGCUCUAGACUAUCCAACUACGGUGGUCACGACGUGCUACAAAAUCAUCUGCUGGGUCAUCUGAUGAGACAGAGUCCGGAGAGGCAGACAUGUUUAAUCCGGUGGACAUGCAUGCGAUUCAUAGACUCUCGAAGCAUCUACGGCCAUGUGCUGCAGGAAUACGAGGGAAAUGCAGCAAUACACAAGUUAGCGGCCUCUAUUUCGGAGAAAGGACGAGUAAAGGAUGCGGAGAAUAAUCUCAAUUGUGUGCAGGACGUCGGGCAGAUGGACAUGGAAAUCAUGCAGGUGCUACCUGCAUGUCGAGCCAAACAACACAAACUCAUGCACGGUCCGUCAAUCAAGAUGUGUGGCCGGUGGAGCUUUCGCAAACCCGACCCCAAUCGGGCGAUCAGUGGCUCAUAUUCACGGCUUCCCCAGGGUUACUGGGAUCUAUAG